UUCUACACUUUUACCACAUCCACCGACACAUCAGUAACCAUUUUGAGUACUGAUAUAUUAGUACUACCCAACAUGAUUUAACAGUGGCCUAUUCUUUCGAUAUAGUAAUAUGCUGAGUUGGUUGAAUUGCAGGCCGGCUCUGAUUCCCGGAGCUAGAGAACGCUUCACCUCAAUGUAUUCGAUGCAUCUGUGGUUUAAUUCUGGAGGAAGACUGGGUACAAAUGCAGUUUCUGUUGAUGGUGGGUUUCCUUCGUUUAUACCUGCGGAAGUUAAAGAAAUCAAGGAUCCGUUUGCUCGAGCUUUGGCUCAGAGGAUUCAAAGACUUCCUGUAAAGCUGCAGGUUGGAUUUUCUGAGAGUUGUAUAAUGAGCAGCUGUGUGAAGCCAAGGUUUCAACGUGAUACCAAUCCGGCUGUCCUACUCCAUUGUUUCGACAGCUCUUGUUUAGAAUGGACACGAACAUACCCAUUACUUGAGGACGCUGCAGUGGAGACUUGGGCAAUAGACAUUCUUGGAUGGGGUUUCUCCGACCUAGAAAGACUUCCUCCCUGUGACGCAGCAUCCAAAAGAUAUCACCUUUACCAGCUUUGGAGGACUCACAUCAAACGACCGAUGAUAUUAGUCGGACCAAGCCUUGGUGCAGCAGUCGCCAUUGACUUUGCUGUCAACUUUCCAGAAGCUGUUGAUAAGCUGAUUUUGAUUGGUGCAAGUGUUCAUGUUGAAGGCACAGGGCUUCUGACAAAGCUACCCAAAUUUUUAGCAUAUGCUGGGGUCUCUUUGUUGAAAAGCCUCCCACUGCGGCUGUAUGCAAAUUUACUAGCUUUUGAUGAUAUAUCCUUGUCAACGUGCUUUGAUUGGACCAAUGUUGGCCGCCUACACUGUCUUUUGCCCUGGUGGGAAGAUGCUACAGUGAAUUACAUGCUUAGUGGUGGCUACAAUGUUGUUAAUCAAAUAAAGCAGGUGAACAAGAGAGUUCUUAUCAUAUGUGGAGAGUGUGAUAACAUUGUCAGCAAUAAGCUUGCAGUGAGACUGCAUAGUGAAUUGCCAGAUGCGAGUAUCCACCAGAUACCUGACUGUGGUCAUCUCCCGCAUGUUGAGAAGCCUGAGAUGGUUGCGAGGUUAAUCGCGGAUUUUGCUCUGUCCGGCGCACAUAAAGAGGAGCAGAAUCCAAUUGUCUUGAACUCGGCUGGGGAGAAAAACACAUCGUCGUUCAUUUGCUAAAAGCAGCAAACGCUUAGGGAGCAUUUUAGACUAACAGUCUAGCGCAGGCUUUAUGCAAGUAGAAUGAUGGCUUGUCUAAUUAUGGAUUGCUGGAUUCAUUUAGCCGUCUCUUUGAAGUAAAAAACAGAUAAUGAUAUAUAUCACCGGUGUAUCACCUCCUGCAUGCA